AGGAAAGACAAAGAAAUGCUGAGCGCGGACAAAGAGAGCAAAUCUUCCCCCGGGCAAAAUGUGGAUUGUUGCCACAUCCCCCCCCACAAACGUGCUUCGAUUGCAGCCGGGGGCGCCCCGCCGUGCCCCGGCGUCACCAUGGCCGCCGCGGCGGCCUCCUACGACCAGCUGGCCCACCAGGUGGCGGCGUUGCGCAAGGAGAACUCCCACCUGAGGAGGGAGCUGGAGGACAACUCCAACCACCUUUGCAAGCUGGAGACGGAGACCUUCGGCAUGAAGGAAGUGCUGAAGCAGCUGCAGUGUCAACUGGAGCAGGAGGCGGGGACUCUGGCCUCGUCGGGACGCGGCGACGUGCUACGCCAGCUCCAAGAGCUGCACGUGGACCUGACCAACUACUAUGAGCUGAAGCAUCAAGGUCACCAGGGUCAGCGCUCGCGUCUGCCGGCGGACAAUCGAGGAGGUCCGGCGGAGCGAGAGGAGCGGCUGGCCGGGCCCCCGCCCUCCUGCCACACCACCUCCUCUUCUUCGGCUCGCGACGACGUUUCCUCCUCCCUCGUGUCGCCGCAUCACUUCCUGGACGGGGCCCCGCCCCAAACGGCCGUCUUCAGCGGCGCCGACGGCCGCCUCAGCGACCAUCACGUGAACGAACUCUACAAGGAGAGGAACCAACUUUUGGGAGAAAUUGACCGCGAGGAGCGAGAGCGCUGUUGGUACUUCAGCCAGCUGGAGGCGCUGUCCCAGAAGCUCACACACCUGCCUCGCGUCGACACGUUUUCCCGGCAGAUGGACUUCAUCCGCCAGCAGCUGGAGUUCGAAGUUCAGCAGGUGCGCUGCGUCAUGGAGGAACGCUUCGGCAGCAGCGAGGAGAUGGUCCGCCGCACGCAGAUGCGCGUGGCCCGUCUGGAGCAGCUGGAAAAAGAACUGCGCGAGACCCAAGGGACUCAAGAGAGCCAACUGCAGUUGCUGGGCGCGGAGAGGCCUCCUGCCGGAGAAGCGGAGAGCAACGCGACGGCGGGCGCGGACGGGGCGGUGGACGGCGGCGGCAAGAUGGAGAUGGUCUUCUGGCUGCUGUCCAUGCUGGCCAACAGAGACAAGGAAGAGAUGUCCCGGACCCUGCUGGCCCUCUCCAGCUCCCAGGACAGUUGCGUCGCCAUGAGGAAGUCCGGCGGCGUUCCCCUCUUGGUCCAGAUCCUCCACGAAGAAGCCGGCGGGCCGGGGGAGGCGCGCUGCAGCCGCCAGGCCAAGUCGCGAGCCGGCGCCGCCCUGCACAACAUCAUCUACUCCCAGCACGACGAGGGCCAGGCCCGCCGGGAGAUGAGAGUUCUGCACAUGCUGGAGCAGGUCCGAACUUACUGCGACAGCGGCUGGGACUGGAUGGAGAACCGCGCCGAGGGCCGUCCCGGUCCCACCGGAAUCCUCGAUGUUCCCGAACCCGUGGACCCGCAGAUCUGUCAGGCCACGUGCGCCAUCAUGAAGCUUUCCUUUGAAGAAGAGUUCCGUCGCGCGAUGAACGAAUUAGGUGGCCUGCAGGCGGUGGCGGAUCUCAUCCACUUGGACCAUCAAAUGUACGGCACGCAGAACGACCCCAUCAACAUGGCGCUGCGGCGCUACGCCGGGAUGGCCUUGACCAACCUCACCUUUGGAGAUGUGGUCAACAAGGCCACUCUGUGCUCGAGAAAGAGUUGCCUGCAAGCUCUCGUUGCCCAGUUAGCCUCAGACAGCGAGGAGCUCCACCAAGUGGUCUCCAGCAUUUUGAGGAACUUGUCCUGGCGGGCCGACAUCAGCGGCAAGCGAGUCUUGAGAGACAUCGGCUGCGUGCCUGCCCUGAUGACGUGCGCCCUGCAGGCCACCAAGGAGUCCACUUUGAAGAGCCUUCUGAGUGCCCUGUGGAAUCUGUCGGCUCACAGCUUGGACAACAAGGAGGCGGUGUGCGCGGUGAACGGCGCGCUGGGCUUUCUGGUUAGCACGCUGACGUACCGCUGUCAGACAAACUCGCUCGCCAUCAUCGAGAGUGGCGGCGGAAUCCUGAGAAAUGUCUCCAGUCUGGUGGCCUCACGAGAAGACUACAGGCAAGUCUUGCGAGACCACAACUGCCUCCAGACUCUGUUGCAACACCUCCGUUCGCACAGCUUGACCAUCGUCAGCAACGCUUGCGGGACACUUUGGAACCUCUCGGCCCGGAGCCCCAAGGACCAGGAGCUGCUUUGGGAUUUGGGCGCCGUCAGCACGCUGCGCAAUCUUAUCCACUCCAAACACAAGAUGAUCGCCAUGGGCAGCGCCGCGGCUUUGAGGAACCUGCUGAGCAAUCGUCCGCCGCAGUACAAGGACGCGUCGGUGCUCUCGCCGGGGUCGUGCGUGCCUCCGCUUUACAUGAGAAAGCAGAGGGCGUUGGAGGCCGAGCUGGAUGCCAAACACCUGGCUGAGACUUUUGACACGCUGGAGAAACGCAAUCCCAAGAACAGGCAGCUGCGCCACGUCGAAAGUCUGGCCAAGGACUACGCGUCGGAUUCCGGCUGCUUCGACGACGAAGAGGCCCCCAACGUCUCCUGCGGUCUGGACGCCGGAAGCUUCUCCGUGCUCUCCACCUAUCUCAACAACUCCAACUUGCUACAAAACGGCAAGCGGGACAGCGAACCCGAGCGGGACCUGGACCCGCCUCGGCUGGACCGGGGACAGCCGGCAUCCGACGAAGCGAUGUCCGCCGCCGCCGAGACGCUGGCUAAGAAGAUCACCAACGCCGUGGCGAAGAUCGACCGAUUAGUGGAGGACAUCGCCAUGCACACUUCCUCCGAGGACAGCUUUAGCCUCAGCUCCGAAGACCAUCUGGCAGACUGGCCUUACGGGUCGCCCGAGCAAAACGAGAUUGGCGCCAAGUCGCGCUCCCCCUGCCGUCUCUCGGACGCGAGCGGCUCGGCCCAUCGGGAACGCCUCUGCAGGGCGCGUGCGUUACUGCGCCUGAAAAGCGCUCAUACGAGCGUAUCCACCGACAGCUUGAACAGCGGCAGCACCAGCGACGGCUACUGCGGCAGCAAGGAUCCGGACGGCCGGAUCCCCCACAAACGACCCGACCGGCUGGAUCUGACCGUGGCUCACCUGGAGCGCCGCAAUGCGCAACCCGCUCUCUUGAGUCAGACGAGCCGGGAAGCCAUUCCGGAGAGGGAUUGCGUGGAUGAAAAGGACGAUAUAGCUUUGCAGCUCCUCGACUCCGAUGCGGUACAGAUCCGGGAACCUCCGGUGCAAACACCCGCCAGCGUGUCCACAAAGGUCUCUUCGGACGUCAGCAUGGCCUCCGUCAAACUUUCUCCUUCCUACCGGCAGGUUCCGCUCAUUCAGAAUGUUGCCAAACUCGGCGUCGCAGCGACGCCCGUCAACGUUCGGGCCGCUGAAGGCACGAGGAGGCAAGCCUGGGCGCCCGCCGCCGUGACCAAGUUUUUGCCAAUGGCGUCCAGCAGGAGUCCAACCGCGGGACCAAUGGAGACGCUCCAGAAAUACUCUGUGGAGAACACGCCCAUCUGCUUUUCUCGCUGCAGCUCCUUGUCCUCGCUGUCUUCCGGGGACGGAGCACUGGAUGGACCAAGCGACAUCGAGCCGGAGAGCGACUCCUCGCUUGAAAUCAUCCAGGCGGAGGACGGAGAGGAUGUCCAGAGAGCCGAGGAGGCCGAGACCUUAGAGGAUCUGAGUGACAGCCAGCUGCUCCUGACCGACUCCAAAACCUUCCCGAGCAAAGAGAGCGACCCCAUCCCAAUUCCGUGCCCUGACAAAAGAGAAAAGGUCUUCCUUCAGGGAGCCGCGGCGCCGGAAGACGGGUCGCCGUCCAGCUCUUCUGAGAACUACAUCCACGAGACUCCUCUGGUCAUGAGUCGCUGUAGCUCGGUCAGUUCUCUGGGCAGUUUUGAGUCGCCGUCCAUCGCCAGCUCCAUCCAAAGCGAUCCCUGCAGCGAGAUGAUCGACGGAACCAUCAGCCCCAGCGAUCUCCCGGACAGCCCCGGGCAAACCAUGCCGCCGAGUCGAAGCAAGACUCCGUCGUGCUGCGCGGACGCCGGCGGAGGGGAAGCGCAGACGGCCGCUUCGGCGGCGCCGUGGGAAAACGGUCUGCGGACCUUCACGGAGGUGGGCGACUCCAAAGACAGGUUCAACCUGCCGGCCGAUUUGGACGCAAUGAUCUACUUCACCGUGGAAAAGCCCACGGAGAAUUUCUCCUGCGCGUCCAGCCUGAGCGCUUUGCCUCUUCACGAGCACUACAUCGAGAAAGACGUGGAGCUGAAACUGACGCCGCUCCUCCGGCAAAGCGAGAGGAGCCCGGCCGCGCGGGACGAAAAUGAGCGGGCUCUCGCCCGCGCUGAGAGAUGCAGUGAAGGCAACUCCGACGAUGACAUCGAGAUCCUGAAGGAAUGCAUCAAUUCAGCGAUGCCCUCCAAAUUCAGGAAGGUCAGGCCUUCCUUGGUGACCAACAUCCCUCCUGGUUUUGGCGGUGCCCAGAAAGCUGCGCAUCUCCCCGUUUACAUGAUGCUCCCGAAUGGCAAAACGCAGCUGUACCCCGGGAGGAGAAUUGUCAUCCCGCAGCAGGACGUCAGGUUUGACGAUUCGUCCGUCACCGACUCGGCCGACGGCACUGCGGUCAAUUUCUCCAGCGCGACUUCACUGAGUGACGACACGCUCCAGUACCCGGUCAAGGACCGUCCGGCCCGGCCCGUUCCCAAGCAAAAAAUGCUGGAUGAGGAGGCGAGGAGGAUCGAAGACUUGCGAAUCUUCUCCCACUUCCACAAGGCAAACAAGAUGAACUACCCGCCCGUGAUUCCGGCGGGCCGCAGGAGCAAACACGUCGUUUCCACUCAGGAGGUUCUGAUGCAGAGCAAGGAAGUGGCGGACAGAGUCGCCAACCAGAGGAAUCGCGAGCCUUCCCCCAGCCACCAGAAGAAGACAAAGUGCCCGGGGCCGGCCGGGAAGCCGCAAUUGCCCGUUAUAAAACACAAGCCGGCGGGUAGCGCCGCGCAAAACAGAAGCACGGCGCAAGCGUCGCAUUCUUGGCAGGAGAGCAAACGUUCCUACCAGGACAAAACCAAACUUGCCAGCAGAAGCCAUGCGAGGGAAGCCGGCAGGAAUCCUCUGUCGCGAAGCAUGAGCAACAUCGGCAGGACUUUGAGAGGCUUUCACGGGAUCAAGCAGAACCUGGUGACGCACGACUCCCCCGCCUGUCACUCGCUCAGCUCCUCGCUGAGUUCCCUGAGUGACGCGGAGUUUGUUGACCACAGAUUCAAAGCCCAGCAGGUUUGGUACAAGAACAGACACAACGCCGGCCUGAACGCCACGCGGCAAGCCAAGUCCGUGGCCGUCCGCGGCCAGUUUGACGAGCGCAGCUCUCCGAGUUCCGUCAGCGUGGACUCUGAGGACGACCUCCUUCAGAAGUGCAUCACUUCCGCCAUGCCCAAACAGAGACGGAAGAUGGCCGGCAGGAAGAGGAAAGCGGAGAACGGCCCAAAACAAGUGCCCAAGGCCUCGGAGGUCUGUCGCGUGGACGAGGACAGCGACGACCCGGCGUGGGAUCAAGACUCGGACCUGAACAGCGUGGAAUGGCGAGCCAUUCGAGAAGGCGCCGAUGCGGUCGUGACUGGACUGCAAGCAGCCAAGUCUCAAGACCUCUCCUCCGAAGAAAGCGAAUCCGUUUUGUCGUUUAUCUCAACGUCCAGCUUUACCCCCAAGGAGAAGAAAUUUGCAAAAGACAAGAAGGCCAACAAAGCUCUGGACUUUGCGCAGCGCAAGCCGGUGCCCAACUUGCCAGUGGUUUUCAGAGGCAGAACGGUCACCUACACGCCGGCGAAAGAGCCGGCUCCGUCGCAAAUACCUCCGCCCAGGAAAGUAACCACCAAAACGGAUGCGCCGAGGAACCCGGGGCUAGCUCAGCACAGGUCAAAGAGCCUUCACCGAUUAGGAAGGCCAAAGGACAUGGAGCUGCAAUUGCCAAAAAGGAGCUCGACUCCACCUCCGAGGAUACCAAAGAGCUCCUCCUCCGGCUCAUCGCAAAGUUCAACGCCAUCCAAACAUGCUCAGAAGAACCUCGCGUGGCCGACUCCGACGCCGAGCGGGCCUAUCCCGAGAAAGGGUGGCGCGCCACCGGCCGGUAGCCCCCCAGAAAGAAAGGGACGCUCUCCCGUGGUGAACAGGGUUCAAAAAACACCGCCGCCGAAGACCCAGAAGUCACCGGUCAGGAUACCUUUUAUGCAGAAUUCGGUGAGUGCGGCCAGACCUCUUUCACCUCUGGUCACCAACCAGGCUACGGGUAGACAAAACCAGCGCACUGUGAAACGGGUCCUCCCUCCUCAGCGAUCUGAUCUGGCCGGGGUGGCGUCAGCCCAUUCGAGCGGCGGCGAGUCGGACUCCAAUGGAUUCUUGAGGCAGCUGACGUUCAUCAAGGACUCAAAGAGCGGACGAAAAAGUGACGGCACGCCCCGCGUCCCGCUGUCCCGAUCCCAGAACGGUUCCCCCCACCGGGCGGUUCCGGGGGCUUCGGCGGUCUUCCUUUGCUCAUCCCGCUGCCGGGAGCUGAAGGUGGCCGCCCAGCCCCCGAGCAAGAUGACGGCAAACGGUGAAGGACAAGCGCAGCGAGUCCAGAGACCUCAGCCGGAGGCCAGGAGCACCGGCGGGGUGACCUGGAGAGAUCGGACCCCGUCUGGAAGAGGUCCAUCCAGGAGAACCAGCUCGGAAAGCCCCAACAGAGCAGCUCAACGAAACGCUCCGGGCAGAGUUUGGGGAGAGAGACGACUACGACAGGACCAAGAAACAUUUAAACGCCACGCGUCAUCGCCGAGUAUAAACGUCCUGAGCCGAGUGACCAGCCGUUCUUCCCUCCGUUCAUCGUCCUCCGACUCGAGCGGACGAGCCAAAAGCGAGGACGAUACGAAGAAGAAAAGUCCGAGAUCCCGUCUGAGUGACAGGGUCACCUGGAGGAGGAUCAGGGAUGAAGACGUACCGCAGAUCUUGAAAAGCACUCUGCCGGCCAACGCCUUAGCACUUGUGCCCUCCCCCGACGGGGCCAAGCCGCCACUGGCUUCUCUGCCGGGGAAGCUGCCGACUAUUCUUCUGGCCUCGCGCAGUGUGAGCGACGCUACGGUUCAGACAGAAGAUUUCUCCCACAGCAAGAUCAACUUCGGCCCCGCUCCCACCGCCGAGUCGAUUCCGGAAGAUGCGGCGGGACGAGUGCUACUUCGGAAGUUUAGCGCCGCCGCCGGGGGAGACUUUCAAGACGGAGACUUAGACGGCAGCGCCUCGCCCCGAAAGCCAGACGGGCACGUAGGCGGAGCCGUGCAUUUCCGCCAAGGAUCUCCGAGCAAGGCGGCCAGAGUUUCUCCGUUCAAUUACGUCCCCAGCCCCGCGGCGGCCCCGCCGGAGGCCCCGAGCGCGGAGGCCGACCACAAGACCGAAAGCCAAAAUCAGUCGUAGAUGUUUGAUGAAAGACACUUUGGAGAGUCCCCGAUCGGACCGCCCUUCGCCUGCACCUCGACCUGCUCCGCCGCAUCCCAUCUUCGACUCUGUCCACGCUACUAGAGGUAUUGCAACGUGGGGCUUUUAGGCACCCACCCAUCCCGGACAUUUUGUCCUUGUUUUUCUACGUGUAGAAUAAUCAUGGCUUGCUAGAAAAGUUUCAGAAGAAAGUGGCAAAGUAUGCAAACCUCAACGAGCCCAAACGCGUCCAACCCUUCUCGCCCCAAACACGGGCAGAUGCUCUCAAUCGCUGUUGGCGCCGUGGUCCUCAACCAUUCAGCGACAUGCACAGGGCUAACGGCAAAGCCGCACGCCCACGCCAUGAUUUAGUAUUUGCGCAAGAGCAACGUCACGUUCUCAGUUGAUUGACAGGAGAUCAAUAGUGCAGCCGUGACUGCGUUCCCCUCAUCAGGUGUGUAAAUAAUAGUGAGAAUAAUAAAAAUACAGCGGGAAACAAGACGGAGUGCUGACGAAUUGGCUGAUGAAGCGUGCAAAUUGGCUAAAGUGUUUCCGUAUGCAUUUAGUGUGAAGGAAUCCACCGAUCAACCAGUGCCAGGCCGGUGACUGAAGUACAUCAAGAAUACGUCUUCCUCGUACAAGCUGCUCACGUUCGUAAGCUUUGAAGUGUUGAACGUGUGUCACAUUCGGGUCUCGUUGCCAAAUCUCUCCUGCUCGUGUGUUAGCUUUAGCAGCUGCGGCUAACCCGUAUGUCUCGUUUUUGUUUUUUUUUUGCUGAACAAGAAGAUGGAAGAAAGCGUGUAAGCCAUCGUUGUGGCAGGAAGGCCUCAUCAACGGGCAACCGAAACGAGCUGGACAUAAGAAAAUGAUCACAUUGUCAAUUUGCGAAUUGCAGGACGCCAAAGUCGUACUUGUCAUGUAUUUCCCCAAUAAAAAGUCUUCGGCGUA